CUUCCGUUGUACGUGUGUGUGUGUGUGUGAGAGAGACGCAAUCACAACUCACAACGCCAACAGAUUUUUUUUCUUGGAUUUCAUUUUGUACUUUUGAAGAAGUUUUUUUUUUUUUUUAAAGUAGUGCACUGAGUUUUGGGAGUUUCCAGCAAUUCUUCGGGGUUAUGAAAGCGGAGCGGACGCCUGGAACAAAGUAAAAGAGGUGGUAAGAGCUGACCGUUUGAUGGCUGCUGGGGAUGGAGCCCAGCUGCCUGCCACAGUAGCGGCCAGCCGGAGCGUGGAGAAGGCGCUCGAGGAGGCUGCCGCGAGCGGGGCUCUUAACUUGUCGAACCGAAAGCUGAAGGAGUUUCCCCGGAGCGCGAGGAACCACGACUUGUCCGACAUUACGCACGCAGAUCUGUCUAAGAACCGCCUGUGUGAGCUGCCGGAGGAGCUGUGUCAGUUCAUCUCUCUGGAGACGCUGAGCCUUUACCACAAUGGGAUGCGUUCACUGUCCUCCAGCCUGGGCAACCUCCAGGCCCUCACCUACCUCAACCUCAGUCGAAAUCUUCUGUCCAGUUUACCACCGUCGGUGUUUCAGCUUCCCCUCCUGCGAGUGCUCAUAGUCAGCAACAACAAGCUGUGUUCACUGCCCGCCUCCAUAUACUCCCUCACACACCUCCGACAGCUGGAUGUAAGCUGUAACGAGCUGCAGUGUUUGCCAGCAGAGCUCGGCCAGCUAGAGUGUCUGAGGGACUUGAACCUGAGGAGGAACCAGCUCACCACUUUGCCUGAAGAAAUAUCCGAGCUCCCCCUUGUCCGACUAGAUGUGUCCUGCAACCGCAUCUCCCACGUGCCCCUGUGCUACCGCCACCUCCGGCACCUCCAGAGCAUCUUGCUGGACAACAACCCGCUGCAGAUGCCGCCUGCGCAGAUCUGCUCCAAGGGUAAAUACCACAUCUUCAAAUACCUCAACAUGGAGGCCUGCAAGAGGAGCCAGGAGGAGCUGGAGAGACACCUGAGGCCCACCGGAUUCAACAGCUGUCUCUCAGACCAGGAGCUGUUUACAGGUCAGUUCGGAGGACUGGAUUCUGGCUUCAACAGUGUCGACAGUGGCAGCAAGCGGUGGUCUGGGAAUGAGUCAGCAGAUGACUUCUCAGAGCGUUCCCUUCGCAUGGCUGAGGUCAGCAGAGAUCAGAGGAACCUGGAGGAGGAGGAGGAAGAGGAAGAGGAGGAGAAUGGAUCUGCUGUGGAAGCUAACAAAGUGAAUGGGGAUGCUAGGCACGUGGACUUCAUUGCCAGCAGUGUGACAGAAGAAGAGGAGGAGGAGAUCAAGAUGGAUCCAGCACCUCUUAUGGAGCAGAAAGAGAGCUCUUCAUCAAACCAAACCCAGGACACAACAGUAUGCAGGUCCAGCCUCCGCGUGGAGGUGGGCCCCCCGUCAUCAGCCUCCUCCUCUCCCCUGUCCCCCUCCAGCCCCACCCUGGAGGAGCGGAAGAGGCCGGGCACCCUGCUCAUCUGGCAGGAGAGAGAGCGUCUGCAGCAGCAGAGGGAAAAGGCCAGUUUGCUGAAGUCAUCCACCAAAGCAGGAAGUCAUGUGGCCACCACACCACAGACAGGAAGUAUCUCAGCUGGUGCAUCUCCAGAGAACAGCAGCUCCCACUCAGGCCUCCGGCAGCGAUGUGCAAGUGCUGAUCAGAUGAGCUCAGUGUCUCCUUCUGCACUUCUGCUACGCUCCAACAGCAGAACAGAUGUCCCCUCCUCCCCGAAGACGUCCCCUCCACCCGGUCAGGCCCCGAGACCCAACAGUUUCCUGUUCCGCACCUCCUCCCGCAGCAACGUCAAACCCACGGGGUCCAUCUUUACUCUCGGUGAGUCUGGCAGAAGUGAGUCUCGCACAAUGCUGCGUUCUCCUAAAGAGGAGAGACCAGACAUCACACAGCUCCGCAAGACUUUGGAGUCUCGGCUGAAGAUCACUCUACCGGAGGAUCUGGGUGAGGCCUUAUCCAAUGGCACCAUCCUCUGCCAGCUGGUCAAUCAGAUCCGACCACGCUCCGUGUCAAUCAUCCACAUUCCCUCUCCAGCAGUGCCAAAACUGAGCUCAGCAAAGUGUCGACUCAACGUGGAAAACUUCAUUGCUGCUUGUCGCAAGCUGGGAGUCACUGAGACGGAUGUGUGUGCGUGCUCUGAUGUGCUUCUGUGUAAGCUGCCCGCUGUGCUGCGCUGUGUGACGGCGCUGCUGGCUGCCAGGGGCGGGGAGACGGCGGAGGACCGAUCCCCCCGCCACUCCUCACCUUCGUGGUCGUCCUCCUCCUCGCUGCUGUCCACAGACUUCCUGCUCUUCUACUGUGCAGCCAUGGCCCUGCUCUACGUCCUCUACUGCUACCUGUUACUCUAGAGGAGCAACGCUGUACCUAAAUAAUCACAUGACUGAUGAACUGCUCAACACGCUCACUGAACUCACACACACACACACACACGCACACACAGCUGCAGAGUGUGAGGCCAACACACACAGCUGCUCCCACAGUUGUCGUCUCAGACAAUGCUCUGCAGUGUGUGUGUGUGUGUGUGUGUGUGUGUUUUCAGUGCCUUUAGAGACCUCCAGAGUGUGUGUUCACACUCCACAGCUGCACUGGUUGGAUGUUUGAGCCAUAUAGAGCAUGCAGCCAAGCACCUUUAAGAAACAAUGAAUACACUACAGCACUGACAGGAGGUGUGUAGAAAGCACUACACUGAUACUGAUGAGGAUGAAUACUACAGCAGAGACAUGCCUUAACCUAGUUUAAACUUCACAUGUAACGCACAGCACAUUUGGAGGAAAUGGGAGUUUUAACUGUUUGAGGCAGAGCUGCUCUCAUUGGUUGAGACAUCAAUGGGUGGAGCAAAGGACCCCAAUCCAAAUGACAUACUAUACCUUUAAUUUUUUACCGAUGUGCACUUGUAUACAAACUGCUGCAACGUAAGUUACAAUGUUCAUGUACUGGCCUGCAGACUUUGUGUCUGCAUGGAAGAUUCAGGUUGUAGCCACUAGAGAACAGAUUUGAGCCCAAUCAUUGCUGGCACACACCUGAAUAACUUCACUGAGAAUAUCUAAACAUGGUGAUGCAUGAUUGGGUAAAUGUAUCCAUAAAAUUGAGACCAAGAGCAGACAAGCUACAUUUGUGUCUCUUCAGAACUGCUCUCCAAUGUUGUUUGUUGCUGGCCUAUGUUAACAUCCAGAUACUCUGCACCGUUAAUAUGUUUAGCUGUAUCUCACAGAGACAGAGCACAACCUACGCUCUACAUGCAGGAGAUGUGCAAACAGGAGCAUGGUUAAACUUAAAGGGGCACCAGUUGAUUUUUAUUGGCCACCUGGGGGCAGUGCAACAACAUUAGACAUAUUAUCACCUAAAGAAUAUGAAGCAGAAACUGAGCUUUAUAAUCUUUCAGUUUGAGUUAUUCACUCUAAAUAGUCUCUUUAGAUGCUACAGGUUCCCCUGUGUCUGUCUGCGGUUAGCUGCUGAGCAGGUAGAGCACAGUGGCUUUAACGGAACUUUCUAUCAGACAACAGAACAGUGAUGUUUAAAGCGUGAGCCAAAAGAGGCUAAAAAGCUGCAGAGUUGGGGAUAAUUCUCUGUGGGUUGGUCCCUACGAGGGACCCCUCACAAACACUUUGAAAUGUGACUCAUUAAUAGUAUAUCCGAAUUUUUAUUAAUGUGUAUUAUGUAUUUACCACAGCAUAUACCAACUGUACACUGGAAAAAAUGACAAAUACGCCAACAUGCAGACAAUACUUCAGUUUUACUUUCGAAGAUUAGUUUAACCGGGUAUGAUAACAUUGUACUCACCAUGCUGAGAUCUGGGAACAUGGCAAAGUCACUAUGAAGAAGUUCUAAUGGGGCAGUCGGAUGAUCACACAGACUGAAAAAAGUAAAACUGGUUAGUUUAUUUGGAAGAAAAAGGUGGCGACCUGCAGAAUGAUUACCCAAACUGUCCGUAGACAUCCUUCACAGUUUACACACCAACUUCUCAAACAUUAGUACUUGGGUAAGCUGCUUAACCGGGCUGCUGACCUCCUGACAUUUAUCAUUUUUACCAAUUCCAUACGCUUAAAAGCAAACCCUGAGUUCUAACUAGAUAUCUCAGAAAACUUGAUAAGACCGGAUUGAUUCAUUAUUUUUCAACCAGAGAAACUGUGGUUCUUUAGCUCUGCUCACCAAGUUUUAAAACUUGCGCUUAUCUCUGCCCUCAGAGCAGCUCUUCCUCUGAGAUAUGUUAAACUCUGGGCUUCCUGUGUGGAGGCAGACCACUGAGAGAGAAGGAAGCCCAGACUGAACUGUGAAUGUGAAUUUUGGCCUUGAGACAGAUGCAAGUGGGCUAAAUGUGGAACCUGGAUGUUACAGAUCACAACAAUGUGACAGUGAGACAGAUGAUACAGUGCCUCUUACUGACCACGGACUAAAACCUCUCCCAGAUACUGCUCCUAUUUUUAUAUGUCUGCUAUGCUAACUGUGAGCAAGGGGGGGGGGAAAUAUCGCUGCAUCGAUCUCCCUCCACACUUCAUGUGUCCAAACGGUACAAAGCCCCCCAGGAGGUGUGUGUAAAGUCUUUUUUUUUUGUCGUGGUUGCUGGGUCGCUUGACCAGCUGACUUCAUGUUUGUAUAAAUGUAAACAGACUAUUAAAUUAUUGCUUUUUUUUAAUUUAUUAUAUCUGUUCUGUUUUUGGUUAUUUUUGUUUCAGAGGUGAGGCAGCAGAGGCGUCACUAAAUUGGUUAGCUUUGUGAAAUCAGUGUACGUGUUUUUAAUCACACACGAUGGCAAAUUAGAUCAAUAUUCAAUUAUUCAGAGUUAAAACAACAUUGAUUGUUUAAAAGUUUUCCCCUUCAUUCGAUUGGUAAUAAUUGAUUCCCUGGGGGCUACACAUUUAGCAGAGCAUCAGAGUGCCUCUGCUGUUUCUACCUCGGCUGUUUCUGCUCAGAAGGUCAGUGUUUGCUGCUAAACACACAUUGGAAUCUGAUUAUAAUGCUUAUUGGACUGAUAUGGGGUUUGAAAGCCUUUAGUAAUAGUCAGCUUAUUGGGAUUCAAACUGCAAAACCCUAAUAAUUCAGAUAAUUUAUUGUUUUUACUCCUAUAAAGGUCUCAAACAAUAUUUAAACCAGAGAGGGACACCAUAACUUUCUACUGAAACUCUAAUCUAGUAAAGCUAGGGGACCAGCAUGACUUAUUCAUAUCAGUUCCAAAAUGUUAGAGGAAAAUCAAAUCAAGAAACAACCUACAAUUUCAUUUUUAUAGGCUUUUCCCGUGUGACUGUGGAAAAUAUAAUAUCAACAGUACUGAUAUUUCCCCUUUUAUCAGUAAACUAUAUGUUGGUCUAGCCCUACUCUAAUGACAAGACUUUUUCUUAAAAAAAUGGAGCUCCAAGUGUUUAAUAUUAAAUAAAUAAAUACAUUGUUUAAAAUAUAUAACAGAGAAUCCUGAAACCCUUUUAUUUCAUGAUACUUUAUCCCUUUUCAUAACAGUGGUGGGUCCGGUCUCGUUCCCGCUGCCGGUCUGUGGCACAAAUACUGCCGGAUUUAGCCAUUAGCUCCCGUUAGCUAGAGCAACGACAGUGCCAAGGGGUUUCUGAAGCAACAAACUAGCUGUAAUUGCUAAUAAACAGAACCAGUACUCAUUGUAUUUAGCUUAACAGAGCUACACCUCUACCUAGCUAGCUGGCUAACUAGCUGUGACUGAGGAGUGAAGUUAGCUAGCUCCUGCUGGUUUGAGCGACCACAGAAAGAGACAGAGUUUAGUCUGUUUCACAUGAAAACUUUGUAAAGGGAACUCUGAAUUAGCCAGUUAGCUGCUUCACUUUGAUGCCCAGCAAUAAUAACAGCUGACAAACCAACCUAGCAAGUGAGCUGGCUACGUAUGUAACAUGUGCAGCCUUGUUAAGCUUAAUUAAAUCAGGGCUAGGUAUUGUACUCUAACGGUAUAAUGUUUUGUUUUUUUACAGCAUUAAAUUCAAUCUCCACUUUAUUUUUCUGCCUCUAGUUGGUUGAUUCAAAAGGACUUUAGCAUCAUCGUUGCUCCAGCUAUCAGAGGCUAACUGUAGGAUCAAGGCAAAAUAAAAGCAUCACUUAAAAAAAAAUGCAAAUUUGAUAAAACAGACUUUUGAAAUAAAUGUAUAACUGACUUAUUACAAAAUUAUAAUAAAUAACAUUUCAUAGUACGUUUAGUUUUAAAAUACAACAAAUUCACAAAUUAUUGCUAUGUGUAUAUAUAUUUCACACAAUAUAUUAAUGAAUAUUUAUUUAAUAAUGUCUAUUUGUUUAUAUAAUAUAAAAACAUUUUGGGGCCCCACUCCUAAAAAGCCAUUCUAUCUAAUUGCAAUAUAGUUUUCUAACUUGAUUCAACAAGGUGUAAAGCACAGGUUAAUUAAGUCCACUAUCCAGUUAACUCUCACAUCUCUGCUGUAGUCUGGAGGUCAGAAUGUCCACUGUAAAAAGUCUCCCGUCCCACGUCUCCAGUUUUUUUUUAGCCUGCUGUUAAAAUGAAAUGUUUCAAUUCAAAAUGUAUAUUUUAUAAAUGAAACUGGAUGAGCAACAAACAGUAAUUCAUUCACUGGCUUAGACAAAGCUAUAUUCUUUAAUACCUUAGCGGGACAGAACUACAGUUGUAUUUUAUAUUUAUAUGACAACCUUGUAUUAUUGAGAAUAAUUUUUGAGUUUAUAUAAAUCUAUAUGUAAAGUUUUUUUUCAUCCCACUGUAAAGACAUAAUUAAAAAACAACUUUGACCAUG